AAGUAGUAGUAGAAUUGAAACACAGCCCGCUAAUUAUUAGGCACACUACUAUGCAGAAUUGGGACAGAGCCAAAGUGUACUUGGCACCGAAUCGAUGAAUAGAAUGAAAGUGGGAUCUGAUUGGCUAGAUUUAAACCCCAUUAUGAAGUAAGCGAAGAAUCCCGCUGUGUGAUUGGCCGAGGGGAUGAGUGGGCGGGCUUAGUGCGGGUUGAAUCAGGUUGAUUCAGGUUUGAGCCGCAUGUUUACUCACCGCCUGUCAGACAGAAAGCAGCAGUGCGGAGAUCUGAACGGGCGGAGCUGCGUUAUGAAUAAUAGCUCUCAUGUGAGCUUAAUAAUCUCAGGUGUGUUGCAAGAACUUCCUGUCAGCAAACAAAACGCACAAACAAACCCUGCUCAACAUGUUUAACCGAUGCUGAAGGAGCUGUAAAUCUUCCCAUCGCUGCAGCCAACUGUGAUCCAGAAAUGACCGGCUCACAGAUCAUCAGCUACCCAACAAAAAUGCCAUUUUUCACCCCGAGUUCCAUCCCGCGCCAACCCUCAGGCCCUUCUGAUCGGCCCCGGGCGUUAUGGCCGCCUCUGGACUUCACGCUGGGCUCCUUGGCCUGCUGCGGCGCGUGUGUGUUCACCAACCCGCUGGAGGUGGUGAAGACCCGUCUGCAGCUGCAGGGCGAGUUACAGGCUCGCGGCUCCUACCAUCAGCACUACCGCGGGGUCCUGCAGGCUCUGUGGUUGGUGGGACGUACUGACGGACUCCGCGGACUGCAGAAGGGUCUCGGCGCCGGGCUGCUGUAUCAGGGGCUGAUGAACGGAGUCAGGCUCAGCUUCUUCUCGUACACGCAAGCCUCGGGUCUCGCCGAUCUGCCCGGUGGGAACGUGGCGGCGGGGGCAGCCGCGGGGGCGCUGGGGGCCUUCAUCGCCUCUCCUGCUUACCUGGUGAAAACACACCUGCAGGCGCAGACCGUGGCGACCAUCGCUGUGGGGCACCAGCACAACCAUCAGGGAAUCUCCAGUGCUUUUGCUACCAUAUACAGGCGGGAGGGCGUGGUCGGCCUGUGGAGGGGUGUGAACGGGGCCGUGCCCAGGGUUAUGGUGGGCUCGGCUGCUCAACUCGCCACGUUCAGCUCCGCCAAAAAGUGGCUCACACACACACAGUGGUUCAGUCCUGACAGCUGGCUGGUUGCCCUGAUGGCAGCUAUGGUUAGUGGUGUUGCCGUGGCGAUCACCAUGACGCCCUUUGAUGUCAUCAGUACAAGACUGUAUAACCAGCCUGUGGAUGAGCUGAAGAAGGGUCGUUUCUACACCGGGUUCCUGGACUGUCUGGUGAAAGUGAGCCGGGCGGAGGGCGUGCUGGGGCUCUAUAAGGGCAUGGGUCCUGUGUUCAUGCGCCUGGCACCUCACACCGUGCUCAGCAUGCUGCUGUGGGACGUCAUGAGGCAGAAAGCUCUGGAGAACUACGCCGUGUGAGGAGACCUAACUGAGGAUGGUUCUGUCCUCGCCGCGUCUCAGGUCACGUCAGACGUUUCAGACGUUUCUUCAUCGCUAUGCGACCACCGGGUUCCAGAUUCGACCUGGAGAAUCACACACAAGAGAACUAUGCAGCGGUGGCUGACAGAGGAUUUAUUAGCUGUUGUGUAUUAUGGGAGACUUGGUGGUGGGAGCUGGUAACAUCCAAACUGGGAGAAAAUGGAUUAAAACUAACUGGAAGUCUAGAACGUUACCUAGUAAAAUCUAUGCAGAUGAACAUGAUGCAGUGCCUGGGGGGUGGUAGCUUAACUGGUUUAAUACUGGACUGGUAAUUGAUGCUGGGACAAACUCCACUUUAACCAGUGUGCCACUGUUGGGCCCCUCAGCAGGGCCCUUAACCUUAAAUUUCUUGGUUUUGGUUAUGAAAAUGGUGUUGAUGAAAUUCUGUAACUUCCAUAUAUGGAAUUAAAUACUGGUUUACAUUUCCAUAUAUGGUCUUUAAAACACCCGCACAAAUUCAUAUACGAGAUCUAAAACACACCCACAUUUCCAUAUAUGGCAUUUCAACUACACCCACAUUUUCAUAUUUGGCUUUCAAAACACACCCACAUUUUCAUAUUUGGCUUUCAAAACACACCCACAUUUUCAUAUUUGGCUUUCAAAACACACCCACAUUUUCAUAUUUGGCUUUCAAAACACACCCACAUUUUCAUAUUUGGCUUUCAAAACACACCCACAUUUUCAUAUUUGGCUUUCAAAACACACCCACAUUUUCAUAUUUGGCUUUCAAAACACACCCACAUUUUCAUAUUUGGCUUUCAAAACACACCCACAUUUUCUUAUAUGGUGUUUAAAAUACACCAACAUUUUUGUUUUUGUUUUAACAGAAUAAAAAUAAUAAUUUUGAGGUUUUGUUUCCAAUGUAGAGAUUAAAGAAAGUUCCAGAUUUUUCCUCUCACUGCUGUAGAGUUCUUCUGGUUCCUCUUUGGAAUCACAUUUGAAGUAUAACAAAGGUUUUUUAUGUUUAUGAAGCAUCAGGACACUUUCUAAAAUCAGAAGAGAAUUUCAGGAACUCUAUUUACAAUCAGACUGUAAGUUCUGGAACUCUCAGCUGCUCAGGGAGCUUAAAACUGGAGAAUUUUAGAUCAAAUUCUUUUUGUCAUGACAAAAUUGUCUGAUGCACCACAGAUCUGAAAGUGUGUGUGUGUGUGUGUGUGAGGUGUGUGUGAGUGUAUAUGUUUAAAUACGGUGUAAAAAAUAGAUGAGAUGAAGAUAAAGCUGCUCUCGUCUCUGGACGUGUGAAGACCAGAGUGAAGACGAAUCUUUAUUACAUUAGGAAUUAAUAAACUAUUAUUUUAAUGUUAGAAAUUUGUGACACUUAAAUACUGUAAAUGAUUUUAUUUAUUAAUAAAUGCAACAUUUUGCUGAUGUGAAGGAACGACUUUAAUCUCACAUUAAUGUUUUUAUGUAUCUGACUAAAUAUUAAUAAAAUAAAAAGAAGG